CGGGUGACUCAAGCUGAGCUUGGAGUAACUGACAAUUUGGAGAUCUAAAGGAAGGGUGGCCCCCCAGCUGUUUGAAAGUUGUUCCAGCUGUUGGGAAUGGCACGGCAGAAUGCAUGGACUUAGAAAAUGAGAUGAGGAGAGGAGAAUAGAGACAAGAGGGAGUUGAAUGGAGAGGAGUAUAAAUGAGGAUGCAGCAGAACAAUGAAGAAGGGACCCAGGCUUUGGUGAGGGGCCAACAUGAGUCCUAAUCUGAGCUCCAGCCCUGCCUUACCAGCUGUAUACUACGUUACUCAGCUUCUUUGAGCCUCCACUGCCUCCUCUGUGUAUUGAAGACAAUAACCCACAGCUCGCAGGAUUGUUGUGAGGAUAAGAGCUGAUGAACACACUGCUCCUGGCAUAAAUGGUGGCUGCUAUAAGAAGCCCAAGUAGAGAGCAAGAGGAAGUCAGAUAGCUGAUGAAGGAGUAUGAGGGUAUCGUCCAAACAGUGUGAAUGAGGCAGGAUGAACUGGACAGGUCUGUACACCUUGCUCAGCGGCGUGAACCGGCAUUCUACUGCCAUUGGCCGAGUAUGGCUCUCAGUCAUCUUCAUCUUCAGAAUCAUGGUGCUGGUGGUGGCUGCAGAGAGUGUGUGGGGUGAUGAGAAGUCUUCCUUCAUCUGCAACACCCUCCAGCCUGGCUGCAACAGCGUCUGCUACGACCACUUUUUCCCCAUCUCCCAUGUGCGUCUGUGGUCUCUGCAGCUCAUCUUGGUUUCCACCCCAGCUCUUCUAGUGGCCAUGCACGUGGCUCACCAGCAGCACAUAGAAAAGAAAAUGCUGCGACUUGAGGGCCAUGCCGACCCCCUCCACCUGGAGGAGGUGAAGAGGCACAAGGUCCACAUCUCAGGGACGCUGUGGUGGACCUACGUCAUCAGCGUGGUCUUCCGGCUGCUGUUCGAGGCCGCCUUCAUGUACGUCUUUUAUCUGCUCUACCCUGGCUACGCCAUGGUGCGGUUGGUGAAGUGUGAGGCCUACCCCUGCCCCAACACAGUGGACUGCUUCGUGUCCCGCCCCACCGAGAAGACCGUCUUCACCGUCUUCAUGCUGGCCGCCUCCGGCAUCUGCAUCAUCCUCAAUGUGGCCGAGGUGGUGUACCUCAUCUUCCGGGCCUGUGCCCGCCGAGCCCAGCGCCGCUCCAAUCCGCCUUCCCGCAAGGGCUCGGGGGGCUUCGGCCACCGCCUCUCACCUGAAUACAAGCAGAACGAGAUCAACAAGCUGCUGAGCGAGCAGGACGGCUCCCUGAAAGACAUACUGCGCCGCAGCCCCGGUACCGGGGCUGGGCUGGCGGAGAAGAGCGACCGCUGCUCAGCCUGCUGAUGCCACAGACCAGGCAACCUCCCAUCCUGCCCCUCCACCCUGGCCCCGGGCUGCCCCUCCUUCUCCCCUGCCGGCUGGCUGAGCAGGCCUCUGCCUGCGAGGGAUUUGCUCCAUCAAAACCCUCCUUCCCUUCCUCCUAGGGCCUUCCGCCUCAGGGGCUGAAGGGGUGGGGAGCUGGAGGCCACCCACGCCAGUGCUCAAGGCUACUGGGGGUGCGGGCAGCUCUCUUGGCCCGUAUCCCUUCCUCUUCCCUCCCCCUCUCCCUGGGACCCUGGGGACCAGAGGUAGGAUGCUCUGACAGCAUCUCCAAUUAUGAAACUAAUCUUAACCCUGUGCUGUCAGAUACCCUAUUUCUGGAGUCACAUCAGUGGGGAGGGAGGUGGGCACAUGGAGUGGAGGGAGGGUGCUGUGGACGUGUGGGUGGAGAAGGGAGGGUAGCCAGUGCCAGAAAAGGAGGCACAGUGCUUCGCCGAAGGCCACUGAGGAAAAGGAGGACAGGUCUGGGACAGAGGAUCUAGGGAGGGAAAAGCAGGCAGAUAAGGUGGAGGGGGGAUUGGUCAGGGCCACCUUAGCCUCUAGUCCCCAAGGCCUCUCUCUGCCUUAAAUGUUACACAUUAAACAGGAUUUUACAGUAAAUGAA